AUGCAAAGAAAACUAGAUUCAUACUCUAAACGAGGUUGCAAUCAAUGUAAGCGGGCUCAUACGAAAUGUGAUGAAGUUCGUCCAAUCUGCGGCAGAUGCAAUAAUAGGUUCAUAAACUGCGACUAUAGUGGACGUUUUAAAAUGAAAACUAUUGAUGCAAAACGAAAGUUCCGUGAUUCAACUUUUAAUACCAUGGAUGGACCUAAACUUUCACGAAAUAGUAGCGCGGUUAAAGGCCAGGAAACUAUGUUUCAAACAAUUAGAUUAGAUAAAAGAAGAGUUUUGUUUGAAAAAUAUGAUCCAUUACAAAAGGCACCUAUACCCCUACCGAUACCUAAUAAAAAGUCAACUAUAAGUACUUUUAACAAGGCAGCAACUAAACUCCGAGGUGUCUCAAAUGACAUAGUUAAGGCCAAUCUAUUAACACAACAAAAUGUAAUAGAUUUUCAAAAUUCUCCCAAAACCGAUACUAAUAUUCAAUAUUUAGAAACACAAAACUUUAUUAUCAGCACUGAUACUGGAAAGAGCGGCGCAUUUGAUACUGGCACUUCUUCAAAUUCAAGUACUCCCAACACAGACAUCACUAAGUUUGAAAAUACUUUCCAUUUUCAAAAUAAUUUUUCGUCUAGCACUAGUCAUUACUUAUCUUAUGAGAUUGAAGCUAUUGUGAAUGAAUCUAAUAAUGCAAAUGAUUAUGUCCAUGAUGAUAAAAUAAACGGUCUUUUAUUUAUUCCUCAAAGCGAUAUGCUAUUAUUAAACGUAUUAAAUUUUGAUCAUGACACAAAACCAUUAUCCAGCAUUUGCUAUCCCUCACCAUUAUUUCCAGAUAAUAAUGAAGCAGUAUCAAUUUAUGAGACUGUUUAUAAUUUUGGUAUGAGGCCAAUAUUAGAAACUGAUCCUCUACUUAAAACUUAUAUCCAGAAUUACAGUGAAAUAGACGUGAUAAAUUCUAUAUCCCUGUAUAAUGAAUCAUUUAUGGCAUUUUGUUGGAAAGUCAUUGUUGCCAAUACUGCAGAUGGUAUACUGAAAAUAUCUCCAGCAAAAAACUUUAUUCAUCAUAGUGAAUCUUUAUGGGAAUUGAUGUCACAGUUUCCCAGGAUUCAUCAAUCAUCCGUAUAUUUGGUAUCCACAAUAUUUAAAAAAUAUUACCAUAGAAAAAAGAAUUCAAAAAUGGCAGAUAUUUGGGAUAGAUAUGUCCGAAUGCCCAGCUUAAAAAUAUGUUUAAAUGCAAUUAAUAAAUUGACAGAUGAUUGGUAUGUGGAAAAUAAUAUAAUAUAUAUGCUACUGUUUUCAGCAUAUUCACUUGGUACUUAUGAUUGGGGUAAAAGUGAAGGAUGGAGAAUCCAUAUAUGUGAGAUGAUUCAUUGUUUACAAGUAAUUAGUCGAUGGACUAAAUUGGGUAGGCCGAAUUUUCUUAAGUUUGAACAAUCAUUAAAUGCUCUUUAUUCUAUUUAUGUGCCAUGGAUUAUGUAUUUGGAAAAAUAUGCAUUACUAUUAAGUAAUCGAGGCGGUACAUUUUAUUCCGUUGAAGAUAUUGAAUUUCUUUGUGAUGAACUUUAUUUAAAAAAAGAUAAGAAGACUAAUUUUGUAAUGGUUGGAGGAAAAUAUAGUUUGAUAUCUGGCUCUGUUAUUGAAUUUGAUGUAUUGUUCAAAGAAUUACAUAAAUUUGAUGCGUUUGUAAAAGAACGGUUCCCAGGUAAAAGUAUUGCAGGAACACAUUUACUUAAAUUAAAAUUAACUAACGACGACCAAAAAUUAACACAAGAGAUGUUUAAAAUAGGUUUGGCAUUACAAUCUAAGCUAACUGGAAUUUCAAAAGAAUUAGAUUACGCUGAUAUGUUUAAAGAUAUUGAAGAUGCUCACUACAAGGAAUCAUUAAUCAAGAGUAAUGAGGUAAGUAUUCUUGGAUUGUCCAUCUAUAUUCGUUAUUUUUUACUUAAUGAAGAUAUAGACAAUGAAGAAUCGAUAAUAUAUGAUUUAAAAAAGUUAUUAAACAUGUGGACCUCUAUUUCAACUGAUAGAGAUAUAGGAGCUAUAACACAUUGGGCUUUAGUAAUUGGCAUUGAAAUUUGUCUAGCAAUGGGCAAUAAAAAAUUAUUUGACAGUUUUUUGAAUGCAUUUAAAAAAUGUGAAUCAACUGUAAAAUAUCAUGCAAUUCAUAGAGGGGUUAGAAAAUUCAAGAUGAUCGAAGAAUGCUUGUCAAAUGGAGAUUUUGACGGCCUUCUCGGCCGAAUGUUUGAUUUGCCAUUUUGUUAA